AUGGUUACAGAAUGUGAGCACAAACAGCUGCGGAAGAAGAGGCCUUUUAACGACUUCCAGGGCCGCGCUCACCCAAGGAGGAGUAAGAUGGCCGCUAUAAUGAAUAGGUCGGGUUGGAGUAGUAGUUCGGUAGUUCGGCAGUUUUUAUUUCCGUCAAUAAAUUAUAUUAAAAAACAGCUUAUUUUGGCUGUAUUAGUUCUCUUGACACAUCUGUGUCUGGGAAAUAAUGAUUACGAAUUGGACGAAUUUCUCAAGCGGGAGUUUUCGCUGACCAAGCCCUACCAAGGAGUGGGGUCUUCCAGUUUCUCUCAUUGGGAUUUAAUGGGCACUGCCAUGAUAACUCCAGAAUGCGUGCGCCUGACUCCUGACAUGCAGAGCAGACAGGGAGCAGUUUGGAGCCGCCUCCCCUGUUACCUACGAGACUGGGAGCUGAGAGUCCAGUUUAAGAUCCACGGCCAGGGCAAGAAGAACCUGAAUGGAGAUGGAAUGGCCAUAUGGCUGACCAAGGAACGCAUGCAACACGGCCCAGUGUUUGGGAACAUGAAUCACUUCACUGGAUUGGCUGUUUUUGUUGACACUUAUCCCAACGAGGACAAACAACAUGAGCGGGUUUUUCCGUACAUCUCAGCGAUGGUGGGGAACGGUUCUCUGGCGUACGAUCACGACCGUGACGGCCGGCCUACGGAACUCGGAGGCUGUAACGCACUCGUGCGCAACUCCAACCACGACACAUUCCUGCUGAUCCGCUACAUGCACAACACACUGACGGUGAUGACUGAUAUAGAUGGGAAGCAGGAGUGGAAGGAGUGUUUGGAGGUCCCCGGUGUCAGAAUGCCUACGGGAUAUUAUUUUGGUGCCUCCUCAGCCACUGGAGACCUGUCAGAUAACCACGAUCUGAUUUCAAUGAAGCUUUAUCAGCUCAGUGCGGAGCGUAGUCCUGACGAAGAGGAGGAGGCCAUCUCUCUGCCCAGCGUGGACAACAGAGCACAGUACACAGUGGACGUGGAGGAGCCUGGAAUGAGUGGCGUUACUCUCUUCUUCACCAUCCUCUUCUCCAUCAUUGGCCUCUUCGUGCUGGGCGUCGUCGGCGUUGUUCUGUACGGCCGAUGGCAGGACAACCGCCGCAAGCGUUUUUACUGAGGAGAGGACAAAAAAAAAAGAAAAGAGAGAUUCUACCACUGAGAGAGAGAGAGAGAGAAAGUUCUGCAGCUGUGGGAGAUUUUACUACUGAGAGAGAGAGAGAGAGAGAAAAGAGGAGUGUAAGCAUAAAUGAGUAUGAGUGACAAUGUUUAUAAACAACUCUGAGAUAAUCUCUGAGGUUCCUGACUGCUGCUGAAUCCGAACACACCUGACUGACCUCUGACCCUGAAAGAAACUGACCUUUUGACCUUCGGACCUCUCUAAGAGCCAUACGCCAUCAACAUCAUGAGUCUAAACCUGUUCAGUCUGUGCGUCUGUCUGUCUGUCUGCCUGCCUGUCUGCCUUUCCAACUGGCUGUCUAGCUGUCUUUGUUCUCCUAAAUGUCUGUCUGUGACUGGUUUGGUCACUAGAGGAGCUGAUUUUUGUCUUCUCUCAGUCUCUGUAAAAUCUGUUGUGUGAUUUCUUUUAAAGCAGCUCUUUCUCAUCCUGCUCUCUGAUGUGUGGAAGUUGUGCACACCUAAAUCUCACUUUUUUAGUCAACAGGGAUAUUUUCUUUAUUGUGCAUCUUCUCAUCUAGCAAUAAUUAGUUAUGUUUAAGAAAUAAUUUUUCUUUUCUUUUUUUUUCUUUUCUUUUUUUUAACUUUUGUACUGUAGAUGUUCUGAUGUCGUUGCAAAAAUCAGGUCCAGAUCUGUGUGUGUGUGUGUGUAUGUUUCUCUCUCUCUCAUCUCUGGAGUUAGAAGGUGCUUGCUAAAGUAAUUUAAACCAGCCAUGUUUAACACCACAUAAACAGCAAAAUUAAAAUGUGAAAGAGGCUCCCGCGGCCUAAGAAAAUUUUUCAAAAAUCUAGGUUUAUAUUAUGUUCUGAGUUUAUACAGACUAUGUUGUAUUUUUUAUGUUUGAGAUGGAAAAAAAAGCACUAAUCUGCACAGCGCUGAUUGGGGCUAACGUCAAAUGUAUUCACAACCUUUUCAAAAUUAGCCAAUAGCAGAGUCCCAGCGCUGUGAUGCGUGGGCGAGGUAGCCAAUCAUUUCUUCGAUUCAUGAUGCAUUGAGAUACAGUUUAGACCGAAAGCACUGUUUCAAUCAUUUGUAAUAAUAACUCUUGUGUGAAUCUGAAGUCUCUUUGUGUGCUGUUUUGAGUACGCAAUGUGCUUUUUUUUUCUGAAUUCAUUCACAUUCUCUAAACCAGGGUUUUUUUUGUGGGUUUUUUUUUUUUCAAGCCCCCCGCUUGUCUUGUUUGUCUAAAGCGUUUACAAGAGAAAACCAGAACAAUUGGUGUUGACUCUUCAUGGCCUUAUUUUGAUUCUACACAGACACAUCAGAGAGAGUCAAAACAUUUUUUUUUUUUGCUUUGUUUUUGAUUAAUGUGCUGUUAAUUGUUGCUGCUUAAUCAGUGUUGUUACUUUGUGAUGAGUCUUAUCUAACAUGCUUUUUUUUUUAUGGUGCAGAUUUGCUGAAGCCUUUUUUGGACUCCUAAAUGUUUUAUGGAAAUACUAACUUGAAGCCAGUAGGUUGAAUAAAAGGUUUAUAUUAGACAGAGAUAAUGUUACUGGUUUUGCUUGGGCGGAAGGCGUUGGUAAAUCUGUCCUUACAUGCUGAUGAAGGACUUUUGAGGUUUCGUUUGCUGGUAUUGAGCUGUUUUGAAAUUUUACAGGAGCUGUUUUUGGUUUUGUUUUGUUUUGUUUUGUUUGCUGUAAAAACUUAUUAGUGUUACUGUGAUCAGAUAAACGUGUUUUUGUGAAUGUCUUUAUCAGAAACAACAUGCCAGCCUAAAUUCGAAAUUCUCCCAUCGUUUCGUCUGUCGUUAAAGUCUCCUGUUUUGUCAGCUGGAAAGAGACUCAAAUUUUCUCCUUCUGUCAAAUCCCCCUAAGAAUAAAAG